CUUACAAGAUAGUUUUGCGAACAGGGGAGGAAGGGGGAGGAAAGGCUGCGUGUUUUAUCUGACUGAGAGAGGACACUUACCGGUACGCUGCCAGUUUCGUUGAAAAUGGAGAGAGGAAGAUCCACUGCGCCGAGAAGGAGGGUGCUGCGUCCUCAGAGGUUCCGUGACGAAGAAGAUGUCGGCCAAGUCCACGGUUCCGGUGCGAAGAGGAAGGUAAAUUUCUCCCCUCUAGGUGGACGCUCCAACAGGCGACGCAGGAUGAUGGAGGCCAUCACUGGAGACGACGCCGCCAGCAGCCACGGACCGGAGGAAGAGUUCGGAGGAAGCGGGUCGGAAGACGAUGGCGGCGGUAUGAAGAUGCAGGCAUCGCGAGACUCGGAUGACGUCAUCGCACCGGAAGGAGGUAAGGGAGCCGGAGCGGUCCACACCGCUAAGAGCCCGAUUACGGCCAGCCACAGAGGUCCACAGCCGGGGGAGAAGGAGGCCACAAUACCCCAUGCAGCACCCAAGGGGCCCCAAUUUUGCUCAUCACGCCAGCCCACCAACGAUCGGGGAGCAUUUACACCACGGGGCAAGACACCAACCAGGGGCCCUAUCUUAUUAAAACCCCGCCAUACAAACCCCAUCUCCGCCCAAACAGGGAACCCCCCUCCCAGUAGCCAGAGGGGGGUCCCUCCAAGAAGCAAGGGCCGGGAACCAGGAAAACGCGGGGGGGAAAAGCCAGGCCCGCCCCAACAACCCCAGCAGUCCAGCCCCUACAACUCCCCCGAUCCAUAGGAAUCCCCAUAGAGGGGGAGGGAGCUGGGAACAGGAGCAGGGCUCGGACGAAGGAGAAUGGGGAUGGAGGCAGAAUCCACCCCAAACCAAUCUAGGGCUAGGCACCCAGGACCUUUCCCAAGGGGGGGAGGGAACUCCAGGCCCAGGGGAACAGGUGGUCACUCGUAUUUUCAAACCUCAAGACACUGGAGCCAGCCACAGUGGUCUGGGGAGUAUGACCAAUGGGAAGAUGAUGACUCUUGCUAUUUAUCGAGGAAUACAAUUACGAGGAUGAUUGUGAGUUUUUUCCUGCAAGCAGCCACGGGCAUCGGCAAAGGAGGCCAGUAAAGGGAAUGUGGCAGGAAGACAUUGGUUACGGAAAUAACCGGGUGCCAAGUUUUUAUUUUAGAAACCGAGAGGAGGAGGAGAGUUGGAUCCAAUGGAGAAAGGAGAGAGAGCAGAAGGGAGAGGAGGAAGCAGGACCUUCAAGACGGCAGGAAGGAAGGGAGAGGGCUUCAUCCAGUACAGAAGGGCAGUCUUCACAGAACGGCGACAGGACCAAGGUGCCUACACGGAAGACUACUAUGGGUGAGUUGAAUAUUUCUUCUGAUUCAGAAUCUGAUUUUGAGGGGUCAGAUAGUGAGACUGAGGGAGGAAAGAUAUUAUCAUUAAUGAAAAAAUUCUUUAGAGGAAAAGGGAAAGAAAAAGGUUUAGGAAAAACAAAAGAAAGUAGUCAAUCAAUGGUGCUAGUUGGAGCAGCAGAUACUUACGCAUGCGCGUUGACAGAAACAGCAGAUCACUUGCCGAGGAAAACUAGGAAAAAUAUUGAGGCUGGAAAAUUUGUGGAUAUCUAUGAGUUGACUAGGGAAGCUGUUCAGGCAAAGGAGGACGGGGUGAAAACCGAAGAGAAAGGAAAAAAGGGAAAAACAAUUUUCGAUUGGUUGAAGGGAUUCUUGGUUUUUGCAAGCGUAUACUUAGAGAAAAAAACAGAACAAUGUUUGAAUAUUAUAAAGUACAUAGACACAAUAGUUGAUACAUAUUUGUUUUAUAAAGGCUCUUCAUGGUCGGAUUACGACAGGGCUUUUAGGAAGAAGAUAUUGAGUAGCAAGGUCUUGUCUUUUGGACAAAAGGAUAUAGAUUUGUGGACGAGAUUGGUUUCAAAACAUAAUAGUUCAGCUGGCAAUGGCAAUAAAGGGUCAUAUGCUUUUAAGCCCAGAAACAUCUGUUUUGCGUACAACGAGAAAAGGUGUACUAGGGGCUAUGCGUGCAGGUUUAAGCAUUCUUGUUUGGCUUGCGGAUCUUCUCAUGCGGUAUCUGAAUGUAAUAAAAAGAAAGAAGGUCAGAUAAACAGGCAGCCUUUUCGAACAGCUUACCAGAAGAGCGGAAACGCCAAUACAGACAGCCAGGCUAAGUAAAGAGUUGGCAAGUUACCCAGACAAGGAAGCCGCAAAAUUUUUAACAAAAGGUUUUUUGGAAGGUUUUAGGAUCCCAGUUUUACACCCUCCCCCCACCCAGCAAAGUUUUUGAAAAUUUGAAAUCAGCUAGUCGACAUACCGAAGUUUUGAAGCACAAAAUUGAAAAAGAAAUAAAAGCAGGGAGAAUGGCAGGACCAUUUGAGGACUUGCCUAUUGAGGGGCUAGUAGUGUCACCUUUAGGUAUAGUCCCAAAAAAGGAGUCAGGAAAAUUUAGAAUGAUACAGCACCUUUCAUAUCCAGAUGGAGAAUCGGUGAAUGAUGCUUUAGACGAGGAACAGUGUAAAGUACAAUAUCAGUCUUUCGAUGAAGCAUUGGAAAUAGUUAGGAGUCAAGGAAAAGGGGCAUUGUUGGCAAAGGUAGACAUCGAAUCUGCAUUUAGGUUGUUACCCUUACAUCCAGAAAGCUUUAGAUUGACAGGUUGUCAUUUUCAGGGAGCAUUUUAUGUCGACCUAUGUCUACCCAUGGGCUGCGCAAUCUCUUGUUCAUUUUUUGAGACUUUCAGCACCUAUUUGCAUUGGCAGUUAUAUAAAAGAUCAGGCAACAAAGCUAUAGCUCACUAUUUAGAUGAUUUCCUGAUCAUAGGCCCCAGACACUCUGCAAUCUAUCAGGACACAUUAGCAAUAUUUCUGCAUAUGUUGAAGGAAUUAGGAGUGCCAGUGGCCGUUGACAAAACAGUAGAACCAACCACAAAAUUGACCUUUUUGGGUAUUGAGAUUGAUACAGGGGCCAAAAUGUGUAGAUUACCAAAAGAAAAGGUAGUAAAAACUAGGCAAGCAGUUAGGAGAUUGGAAGCAGCGAAUAAAGUAUCACUGAGGGAAAAUGCAACAAGCCCUAGGUCUAUUGAAUUUCGCAUGCAGGAUAAUACCAAUGGGUCGCAUUUUUAACAGGAGAUUGGAAAAUCCACAUCAGGGGUUAAUAAACCAUUUCAUAAAAUAAGGGUCACAAAGGAAAUGAAAGCAGAUUUGAAAAUAUGGAACUGUUUCUUAUCUAAAUUCAAUGGUGUCAGGUUAUGGUUAGCAGAAACACAAAUUAAUCAAGAGGUAGAGCUUUUUCACAGAUGCAGCCGGAAGCGUUGGCUUUGGAGCUUACUUGGCAGGGAAAUGGUGUGCGGCCAGGUGGCCGCAAGCAUGGCAUGACAAGGUCUGACAAAGAAUUUGACAUUGUUGGAGUUAUUCCCAAUCUUGGUAGCAUUGGAGCUUUGGGCAGAAGAUUUGAAGGAUAGGGCAAUUAAGUUUCUUUCUGAUAACAUGGGAGUGGUCCACGCAGUGAAUAACCUGUCAUCAGACUCAACCCCAGUAAUUGGACUACUAAGACAUCUGGUUCUGAUUUGUAUGAGGUUUAAUAUAUCGUUCAGAGCCCAACAUGUACCAGGGGUAGAAAACACUAUAGCAGAUGCCUUGUCUAGAGAAAAGUGGGAUAUUUUCUUUAAGUGCGCUCCAUAUGCGGAAAAAUCAGCUUACGCAUGCCCUAAAAAUUUAUGGCAGCUCGUGACCCCCUCUUAGAAGAAUUGUGUGAAAGGGCAGUAUCCGAAAAGACUCUUUCCAGCUACAAAAGGGCCUGGAAGAGAUGGCAGAUAUUCUGCAGAAGCGGUAAGAGCAAUCAAGGCACUAAGGAUUUGGUGUCAUUUUUAAUGGUCCUGUACAGAGAAGGAAAGUCAAGAGCAGGAGCCAGCAACGCAUUAGCCGCAAUUUCUCAUUUUUCCAUAGUAAAGGGUAGAGCAGAUAUCACACAUGAUCCAUUAGUUAGGAAAAUAAUGAAGGGAUGGGCAAGAGUUGAAGGCCCCAGGGUCGAUAAGCGAGAACCCAUAAUUGAAUGCAGACUAAAAAUGAUUCUGAACUCUCUUGAGGAGGUGUGUU